AUGAGCAGCAAACGCGCUUCUGAAGGCAGCGCUGAUGGCACGCCGGCCAAGCUUCCCAAGUCGGAGAAUGGCGAUUUCUCACGCUCCGUCAGGAAGAAGUUGACGACGACGUCGAGAACUGGUCAGGCCUGCGACCGAUGCAAGGUCAGAAAGAUCCGAUGUGAUGCUCGACCAGGUGGAUGCUCACCAUGCAUCGCCAACAACCUUGAAUGCAAGACGACCGAUCGCAUCACUGGUCGCGCCACCUCCAGAGGCCAUACCGAGCACAUUGAAGGGGAAAAUAUGGCUUUGAAGCAACACAUCAACGACUUGCGCCAACAAUUGAUCGAGUCUGGAAUCGACCCUCGUCCUGCACCCAUCAUGCCUAUGGGCUUUGUCGGUAGUGGUGGCCAGCCUGCCUACGCCUGGCCUCAACAGAUGUUCGACCUUUCAACUGUCCUUGGUGCCGAUACCCAUCUCGACCCCUCAAAGUCUCGUGUCCGCGCUUCUGCCCUGCCCGACUAUCGCAACAGCUCCCUUGGCGACAACUACCUUGGAAUCUCUGGCGCGAACGAAUGGCUGUCCCCUAUCAAGGGCACCUCCGUCGCCCUGUUCGGUAUGGAGCUGGACCUUGUCGACUUUGUUACCAAUGACAAUGACGAAGCUUUCUCACCCACAUCAUACGAGAACUUCCUCAGCAUCGCUUUCAAGUCGUCUCAAGAACGUCCGCCCCCACCAUCGUUCCCUUCGUACCGUGAAUGCAAAGCCCUCUGCGAGUGGUAUUUCAUCUCGGUCAACUGCCAUGCGCCUAUCGUCCACAAGCCCGACGUCCUGGAAAUGGUCGACCGCCUCAACUCAGAUGAAGUGUAUCAGCCAGAUAUUAGUGAGACUGUGCAGCUACACAUGAUCAUCGCCAUGAUGUUGUUCCAGUCUUCGGUCAGAAACAGCCGCCCAACUCAAUGGGCUGACCACUACCGUUAUGCUGCCAGCUUCCUUCCCGAUCUGAUGGCCAAGCGUACCCUGCCUAACAUCCAGGCUAUUGCUUUGAUCUGUCUGCACCUGAGAAACUUCACCAAGCCUGGAGCUGCCUGGUUCAUGUCUACUCUUACGCUGAACCUCUGUGCAGAAAUGGGUCUUCACAGAUCUGUCAGCGCCUGGGGCAAAUCCAGCCCUGAGUUCAGCGAACAUGAAAUCGAAAUGCGCAAGCGUGUCUUCUGGAGUGUUCUGGUCAUCCACACAUCUAUCAGCAAUAAGCUCGGUCGCCCAUUGGCUAUGCGUCUGGAAGACUUUGAUGUUGAAUUUCCCAAGGCUCUCGAUGACAACACUGGUAGCGAGGCAAGCUGCAUCGACGAAUGGCACAAGUGCUCGUAUCGUGUCGCAUGUCACAACUUCAAAUGGGUCCUACUCGUCAUCCAGGUCCAGACUUCGAUUUACUCGGUUCGCGCUCCUCCUCACUCCUAUGAGCUCACCAUUCAGAAACUCGAGCGUGAUCUUGAUUACUUCUUGAAGAGCAUCCCCAUCGAGCUCUCUGGUGGUCCUGAGACUGCUCAAGACGACAGAGCCUGUUCGCUCUACCUGCAGUUUGGUGCUCAAGAGCUGAACCUGCUCGUUCAUCACCCUGCCGUUUGUCGUACUCAGAACACCGAUGUCAACAACAAGAACUUGGACGUCUGUCUAGAUGCCAGCGCCAAGCUACUGCAUAUCGCACAGAGCAUGCGUGCCUUGAGAGCCCUCGACACUACUUGGCUCAACGCCACUGUCUGGCUUUCUGCCAUGUUUGUCACUCUUUUCGCUUACAACCAGCGUAAGGACCACAUCACGUCGACUGAUCUCAACGCCCUCAAAGACACCAUGGAGCAGUGGUUGAGCAUCAUUGGUGAC